GAUGUAAUAGAAUAUUUCCGUCGUAUAUGGUGCAUUUUUUAUUUCAAUUUUACAUCAAAAUUCAAUUGGCUCUUGACGGAAAAAUUUGCUUUUUUUUUUUUAUCAUUUCAAUUGUUGUUUUUAUUAUAUUUUUUGUUUUAUGCUAUUGUUAUGUUUUUUUAUAUAAAUUAUACCUUAUAAUUUUUUAUUAACAAGUUGAGAAAUAGCACCACGUUUUUUUCAUUAUAUAAAUAAAAAUAAAACUAUUAAAAUGUUAUGCCAUUUGUGUCGUUACUAAGUAUCGAGAUAAGACGACGCGACAUGGGUAUACGUGUUCGGGUCACAGUCCAGCGGUGAUGAUCGACGAGAACGAUCAAAAUAUACAAUUUAUAAUUAUUGAGCACGUGUAUCUAAUGCCUAUUUUUAUUUCGCGGGUAAAAUGUAUUUUUAAAAUUAAAUGAAAAAUUUAGUAUUCAUAUCAGUGAAAAAGUGUUGGCUCACAGUUAAUGAUUAUAAAGUUCAAAACUCUGCACACGUGAAAAUUUAACUGAUAAUAAUAAAUAAUCUAGUCAUUUGAGUGAUAAAUAUUAUUUUAAUAUAAUAUGACUGUGUGCAAAGUCAAGACAAAGUAAAAUUGUUUAACAAUAAUUCAUUGAGUAUUUAAAGAAUAAUUUCUUAAAAAUCAAUAUUAAAAAAAAAUUUGAAAUAAUAAUUAUAUCAAUUAUAAUAUAUAAUCAGAGGCGAAAUAAAACAUCCGAGAUUCAAAUGACCUUUGUUCGAUUGUGUGUGUAUGUAUUUAUGUGACGAUAUAACCGCAUCUGAGUUUCUCUCAUUAAUGUACUUUAAUGUACUGUAAAAAAUUAGCUUCAGUAAAAAAUCGAACUCUCAGAUGCAAGUCAUAGUAUAAAAUAUUUAAAAAAAAAACCCUGACAGAUUGAAGUACAGGUGAAAGUUUAAACUUUUUUUUUUUUUUUUUAAAUUAUCCAAGUAAAAUAUGGAUGUUAAAAUUGUUCGUGUAUCAUUUUGUGAAAUAACAAAGUUACAUAUUUUAUCAUUCAUCUAUGGUAUUUAUAUGAUAACUAUGAGAUUUUUUAAAUGGGCUUGGGAUCCAAAAAAAUUUUUUGGAAUGAGAUACAGAGAUAAACCACCAAUAUGUCUUGUUGACAAUAGUCUUGGUAAACAUUCAUACGUCAAAUUAAAAGGUAUAAAAUUCCAUUAUGUGGAAGCUGGAAAAAAAGAUAGACCAUUGAUAUUGCUAUUGCAUGGUUUUCCCGAGUGUUGGCUGUCAUGGAGAGAACAAAUAAUUCCAUUAUCCGAAAAUUACAGGGUGGUUGCAGUAGAUUUAAAAGGUUUUGGUGAUAGUGAUAAACCGACAACCACAAGAUCAUACAAAAUUGAAGUAUUGAUUGAUGAAUUACGUCAAUUUAUAUCAACAUUUGAUGUAGAUAAUUGUAGUAUAAUCGGUCAUGAUCUUGGUGGACUUUUAGGCUGGUAUAUAACAGCACUACACAGUGAAAUUGUUGAUAAAUUUAUUGCAAUAUCAAGUCCACAUCCAAAUUAUUAUUGGUCUAAAAUGAAUGGACAAACUGCGUUUGAUGACAAAUGGAUGCAUUUUAGUCGACUUCCAUUUUUACCAGAAAUUGAUGCAUUAAAAGAAGAUUUAUCAGUUAUCAAUGAUACAUUUAAACAUCUCCAGAUGAACCAAGGAACGAGUGAAAAAAAUUAUGUUGAAGCAUAUAAAUAUGCAUUCAGUAGAAGGGAGGAUUGGACUGGACCGAUAAAUUACUAUCGAAAUUUGCCCUUUGUUCGGUUACAAUCAAAUGAGCAGAUUGGUAAUCAGAUGCUAUUAAUAGUUGGCAAUACAGACCCCUCGGUAUCACUAGAAAGUAUCAUUCAAAGUUCUGAAUAUUCAGCAAGAUUUAAUAUCAAAGUUAUCACUGGAGCACAACAUUUUCCACAUCAAGAAAAACCAGAUGAUGUCAAUAACAUCAUACUUAAAUUUUUAAAUGGACCGGAAAAAUUAAAAAUUGAUACAAGUCAAACAAAAGGUUUAGUUUCAACUUGGCUUGGUUCAUUGAGUAGCACAGUUAAAUACGGAAAUCAAGUAUUUGAUGCUGUUCACAAAAGAACAAAUGGUGUUGUUAGUAGUUUACCCAAUAGAGUUUUAUAUUUGGGUCAAACGACGACGUAAUAAUUUAUCAAUUAAUACUAGUUAGAUCACAGUCGUUUUGCAUCAAUCAUCACAAUGAUGAUUUAAAGGCUGAUAUAUGAAUUCAUUCAUUUUAUUUAUCAUUGACAUUAGUCUAUUAUGCACUUUCUAUAUAAAGCUACUUACUUUUGUUAUUAAUUUCUAUUCUUUUACUUUCUCAAUUGAAUUAUUUUUAAUUGAGUAAAAAUAGAUUUUUAUGUUUAUUCAUUCACUAAUGAUGUUUGUGAGAAUUUAAAAAUUAAAAUAUGUAUGAAAAAUUUGUGUUGAAUAUAUUUAAAUAUAUAAUGUGAUUAUAUUUUGCUCAAUUUUAAUUAAUUUUAUUAAUUAUGAAAAAACAAAAGACACAUUUUUAUUAUUUUUUUUUCUCUUUCACAUACACAAAAAAUUCUUAAAAACUAACAAUAAUAAAAAAAAGUACAUAUACUUAAUAUUAAAAUAUAUAGCAGUCGAGUUAAAAUUAAAAAAAAAAAAAAAAAAGAAACAAUAAAAAAAAAAAA